AUGGAUACUGAUUGGUGCAUCAUGUGCGAUUCUCACUGCAAUAUUCCCGGUGCGAUUUACUGUUCAGAAGAAUGCAAGCUUCAAGAUCGUUUAAGUGCUUGUCCAUCAUUGGCCUCGACUACAAAUUCAUCGAUUUCAUCUGUUUCAACAUCUCUUCAAUAUCCAACGGGCGGAAAUACGAAGUUUGAAAAGUCUCCAACCGUUAAAUUUGUUACACCAAAGACGCCUUCAAUUCAAUUUGCUAAAGUUCAACCACCACAACAACCACCAACGUUGUUUUAUCAUCGCGGCCCAAUGCCUCGUUACAAGCACACCUCUUCAAAAGCAUGCGCCAGUGCGAGUAACGUAAGAGAUAGAAAGAUUACAAAAGCCGUAUACGUUCAAUAA